GCAAAUCGUCUGCUAUGACGACCCCGAAGCAUGACCGAUGCAGACGAUGCAUUGUCAUAAGCCCUGUCAACUGCAGUGCUUAUCCUACCCGCUUCUCGUACUAAACCGAGUUGAAAAAGUUCCCACGAUGCCCAAUUUCAUGCCCCAUAUGAUACCUAAAAUGAUUUUUUCUGCCGCGCACGUGUUGCAGUGCAAAUGGAAUACAGUCGCCGGUAUGAUGGUUUGUUUGUUUGUGCAUCAGCUGUGGGGAUAAUAACAAACACGACAUUGAUUGACUAAAAUUAUUGUUCAGUUGUAACUAUUCAUUCCUUCUGUGAUAUUGACAAAUUAAAUACAACUAUGGUUACUCGAAGAAUAGUGUGGCUGAUAUUGAUAUACGUAAUUAGAGUGUCUUCUACACAAGACAGAAGGGGACCAGUUUUUACGUAUGAACCUCCAAAUAAAGUGGAAUUCUCAAACGCAACUGGAACAGUAAUUCCCUGUUCGGCUGAAGGAAUUCCUUCCCCAGCCAUUCGAUGGGCUCAUGCCUUAGACGGCAGCUUCAUAACAGACGUUCCUGGCCUAAGGCAUACUAGGCCUGAUGGCUCCCUAGUCUUUCCACCAUUUAGAGCAGAAGAUCAUAGACAUGAUGUACAUAAUACGGUCUACAAGUGUAUAGCGAGCAAUUCAGUCGGAUCUAUUGGUAGCAGAGAUGUCAGCGUAAAAGGAGUGGUGAAUCAAAACUACGUCGUGGAGGUCUACGACGAAUAUGUGACGGCUGGAAGCACGGCUGUACUCAGGUGCCAUGUGCCAGGAUUUAUAGAAGAAUAUAUUUCAUUGAUAGGUUGGAAAGAGGAAACAACAGGAAAUGUCAUACAGCCGUCCACAAAUCUAGGAGGACGGUAUAUCACCUUUCCAUCUGGCACUCUGUACAUCCGAAACAUAGAGACCAGCUUUUCUUACAGAACAUACAAGUGUCAAACAAGAAACAAACUAACAGGAGAAGUUGUUGAAAGCUCUAAGUCUGGACGCUUAAUUGUAUCAGGGGACACGAGAAGUAACGCAAGACCAAGAAUCAAAGACAGUCAAAUGCAAGUGUCCGGUCGACGAGGAGAUUUAAUUGCACUGCCAUGCGCGGCCCAAGGCUAUCCCGUUCCCAGCUACAGAUGGUAUGCUCAAGAGAAUGGUCAAAUGCGACCAGUCAUCCCAACUCACCGCAUUUCCCAACUGGAGGGAACAUUAAUCAUUCAACAAGCUACGGUUGCAGAUAGUGGCCACUAUGUGUGCCUUGCAAAUAAUAGCUUGGGAGAAGAUAGAGCUCAUACAAGGCUUUUAAUCACAGCUCCUUUGUCAACAUCCAUGUCCCCAGUUGUGCAGAAAAUUCAUGUCGGUCGUUCAUGGGUCAUCAACUGUUCGGUUUCUGGACACCCCAUUCAUGGAGUGCAUUGGAGAAAGGACGUCGAUGUCUUGUCACUGGAUGGAAGAGUCAGUCAGAUCUCUCGUGACGUCAUCAGGAUUGAUCCAGUGCAAAGAGAAGACCGUGGAAUGUACCAGUGUAUAGCGUAUAAUGACCAGGAAACAGCUCAGUCAGCUGUAGAGCUUAGUUUAGGAGAUGACGUCCCUGAGUUCCAAGAAACCUUUGACGAACAAACCAUCCAACCAGGCCCUUCUCUCUCCUUGAAAUGCGUGGCGUCGGGAAAUCCACUGCCCCAAAUCGUCUGGAGGUUAGACGGAGCAGCGAUUCCGGAGAACCUGCGGAUCCGAACUGGAGACUAUGUCACGAAGGACGGCUUUGUCGUUAGCUUCGUGAACGUGAGUAACGUGAAAACGGAGGACGGUGGAGAUUACAGCUGCGUGGCCAAUAAUGGAGUGGGCGAAGUGAGUCACGAAUCGCGCGUAAACGUAAUGGGUCCGCCAGUGGUUGUUCGCCGGGCCAGGAAUGUGACUGUUGUGGCGGGAGAUGUGUUGGUGCUGAGAUGUCCCGUUGCUGGAUAUCCGCUGGAAAAUAUACAUUGGGAAAGAGCUGGUGUUCGAUUGCCAUACAAUCAUCGUCAAAAAUCCCAUGACAACGGAACGCUGGAGGUUCACCACGUUGAAAGAGCCACAGAUCAAGGACCAUACGUUUGUGUGGCGACAAACCGAGUUGGACAAACUGCUCAAAGCACGGUAGUCGUUAAAGUCCAAGUGAAACCUGUGAUUGAACCGUUCAUCUUUCCCAAAUCACUGCGGGAAGGUCAGCGAGCAUCUGUGCUGUGUACUGUUAGCAGCGGAGAUUUGCCCUUCAAGAUACGGUGGUUUAAAGAUGGACGCCCCAUCCCGGAAAACAUUGGCGUCCGUUCCAGUGAAGUAGCUGAUUACUCCUCAACUCUACUUUUUGAAUCCUUGGCCCUGCACCAUCGGGGGAAUUAUACUUGUGUGGCAGAAAAUGAUGCUGGCACUGUUAGCCACACUGCUUCAAUGGUAAUUCAUGUUCCACCGCGAUGGGUAAUCGAACCAACAGAUGUGUUUGUUGUUAAAGGAAGAAGCUUAACCGUAGAUUGUCAAACUGAAGGGUUUCCUCAACCAAGGGUUAGGUGGACCAAAGCCGAAGGGGACAGUCCACGUGACUUCAAAUCAAUCGUUAGUAGCCCUCACUUGCAAGUAUUUGAGAAUGGUUCAUUGUCAAUCACGGACGCUACAGAGACAGACGCAGGAUAUUAUUUGUGCCAAGCAUCCAACGGAAUCGGACAAGGUCUUAGCAAAGUCAUAAGAUUAAAAGUUCACAUUGCUGCCCAUUUUAUGUCAAAAUUCACAACAGAGAUGGUGCGUAAAAAUCAUAAAACACGACUUAAAUGCGAAGCCAUUGGUGACAAACCCAUCAGCAUUACUUGGAUGAAAGAUAAAAUUAGCAUCAAGCCUCAGACUGAUCCGAGAUACGAGCUUGUGGAGACAAUAUUAUCCAGUGGAAUUGUUUCUGAAAUACUUAUACGCCAAGCCGACAGAAGAGACUUUGCCUUGUUCAGUUGCCUAGCAACCAACGCUUAUGGACGCGAUGAUACAAAUAUCCAACUGAUUGUGCAAGAGCCACCCGACAGUCCUCAAGAAGUAAGAAUAAUUGAGACUGGAAGUCGAAGCGUUAAAUUAUCCUGGUCAUCCCCGCAGUAUAAUGGAAACAGUCCCGUCACCCAUUACGUCAUUCAAUUCAAAGAUGAAGGAGGCAAAUGGCAUAACCGUAUGACCAACGUGACUGUGAAAGGAUCUGAAAACAGUGGUGCGGUAAUCGGACUGAAACCCGCCAAAAUAUAUUUGUUUCGCCUCUUGGCUGAGAAUCAGAUUGGGAGGAGUGAAGCCAGCAAACCUCUUGAAGCCAUCACACAGGAGGAAGGUAAGCCACUGUUUAUUAUAUUUGUGUACGCUCGCCAUUCAAGGUAUCUUUGUUACAAAACUUCUGCUUUUUCAACAGUCAUCCUGAUACACUCACUCGCCAAUGAGUUAGAAAACUUUGAAAUUUGCUUUUGA